AAGGCCAAGGCGGGCCGGACGCACCACCACCGAGGCGGACCAAAAGGGGAAAUUAUGCCUCCAAAGCAUGUGCGAUGGUAAUGCUCCUUGCAAAGCGUGUAAAGCUAAGAGCCGCGAAUGUCAGAGAACUGGGACAGAUAUGCGUGGGAAGUGGAGAUCUAUUGAAAAACCACACACUCGAUCUCAAGACUUGACAUCACGUUUGAACCAGGUUGAAAGCCAGCUAGCCAUGGCGAGAGGAAUGAAAUCUCGAUGCAAUGAGGUGCAUGAACAGAUAGAUAGGAGAACUCACCAAGUGGAUACGCCUAAAGUCUUGCAUGACAUACGGUCCGGUCAUAAUCGAACUCCUUCUCCCCGAGUCCCAACGUUCUCUGGCGAGACUUCAAUCGCUCACAACCUCACAAUUGUGGAAGGACGGCUAGAACAAAUGGGAGUUCAAUACACAACACGACUCUCAAAAUCUCCAAAUAUGGCCUUUGCGUCUCGUCUGACUCCAUCUCCAGAAACAGCAUUGAACCAUUUCUCCGAAUGGCAACCUAGUUUCAUUCAAAAGAUUCUCGACGCCCAUGGAAUUGUAGCAGAUCGACAACAGUGGGAUGAAUUGAUGCACACAUUCUGUGACGAGGUGCACGUACUUGUUCCCUUUCUUCACCUGCCUAGCCUAUGGAACCUCUAUGAGGAUACAUGGCGGACUUCCUUCAAUCAUGGGACGAACGACCUCAAUCGAAGCAAUAUUAGCCGAGUUCGUGUGGCUCAUGUUCUGUUGAGCAUUGCGAAUGGAAAAUGUGUGGAGUCAUCGUGCUUUGAAGCAGAUCAUGGCUCCUACUCUGCUGGGUGGAGCCUUUACUGUGCGGCACGAGAAAUCUUUGGGGAUCUACUCAAUGCCUUUCGUCAAUGCACAGACCAACUGCUUGUACUUCAGACGGUUGUCUUGAUGGUCGUCUAUCUCUUCCGCCUUGAUGCGCAUGGGUCCGCCGAAAAGGUUCUAGCUUUGUCAAUAUCACAUGCCCACCAUCUAGGGCUCCAGAGAGAGAAAGUGAUCAAAAGAAUGACACCCUUUGACGGUGAGAUGUCACGCCGAUUAUGGUGGUGUAUAUAUCUUUUGGACAGAAGACUGGCUAUUGAAACUGGUCGGCCAUUUCUCAUCCAGGAUGUCAAUGUUGAUGUGGGCCUUCCUCAUAAUGUGAGCGAUGAACGGCUCACAAGGCAUCAACUAGAACCCCACGGACCGGAAGUCGAAGAAGAUAUUGGGGAAUCAAAUAUGACAAAAGUUCCAUAUUUGGUUGCAAUGACAAGUUACUCCAGAGUUAUAGGCAAGGUCUGGGAGGCACUGUACGGGGCUGUCACGUCCGAAUCAACGCCAAGCCCUCUGAUAAACGAAUAUCUGGAACACCUAGCUAGGCAAUCUCAAAAGGGACUUGAGAAGGAAUUUAUGUGUGAUCCAUAUAAACCAGAAGAAUAUAAGACUGAAGGUUUGGCAUGGUGGCAGGUUAAACAACAUCUCAUGAUGCGCAUCAGAUGGUCCUCACUAUAUCUUUUGAUUCGGAAGCCAAUACUUCAAAGGGUACGAUUAUGCGAUAGCGAAGAGCCAGAAAUAAUAGCAAACGAGGUAAUUUGCAUACGAUUGGCCCACAGAAUUAUUGAUGAUUUCAGCAAAGUGCCAGAGGAGCACCCGAAGUACACCUUCCCAUUUUUGCACUACUUGACCAGCGCUACAAUCAUUUCCUUGGGUCUGAUCAUCAAGCAACCUUCAUUUAGAGGUACUUAUGGUACUUUGACUCUCAAAGCGGCAAGAUCCCUUAGAAAGCACUGUCGUAAGACGUGGAUGUCAGGGAAAAUGAUCGAAACUGUUUGGGCUCUUAAUCAGAUGGCUGAUGCCGUUUUGACUCAACCCGAAAGAGCAUCUUACAAUUUUGAAUGCCCAACCAAGAGUGCUACGCCACCCACAUUCUCAAAUAAAUCUUCUCGGUCUGCCAGCAACUAUUUUGAGUACUCUCCACAAAACUUUCUCUCAAGAACAGGAACAGGAAUGCGUACACUCGGUAUUUCUGCUUCUAGUUUUUUGGGCGGAGUUGAUCCGGGAAUCGAGUCACACAACACAAAUCACUCAACCCCAAUGACAAGAAGAUUUGAGGGAUUUCCUUAUGCUCAAUCCCCCGGUUGGACUGCUCUAAAUCCG